AUGUUCACGCAUGUCCGCGACGGCAGAACUCGACUCUGGCCCCCCUCAACGUCCGCCCCAACCUCCCCAACCUUCUCGGCCGGCGCUUCUGCCUCCGCCCCAUGGGCCCGAUUAGGGCCCAGCACGAGUCCGACCCCCUCGGAAGACUCAUCCAAUUACUGGCACGUGCCUGCUCCGCCCGCCCGCUCAGCCGGCCGGCGCGGAGGACACUGUGCCGAGGGAGCUGAGAUGAAGUGA